AUGGACCAGGAAAAGUCUGAGAUAGACGAGGCCGACAUUUCGGAUAGACCUUUCUCUGGUGCUAGCCUCGAGGAUGAGAGUGAAUGCCUUCAGGGUUGGCGAUUAUAUUUCAGUUUAAUCGGGUAUGAAUUGCUUGAUUUUAUUGCUUUACAGAUGCUUAUCAGCCAUAGUCUAUUGACUGGACUAUACUUAGUCAAUCUCGAAGUGACAAUUGUUAGUACGGCACUCAUUAAGAUCACAGACGACCUAGACGGAUUUGAAAAAACAAGCUGGGUUGCAACAGGGUUCUUAACAACUUAUACUGCAUUUAUGUCCCAAUGGACGAAGGUGAGCAACAUAAUUGGUCGCAAGAGGACUGUACUUGCUGCCAAUAUCAUAUUUUUGGCUUUCUCGCUUGGAUGCGGCCUGGCUCAAAAUAUGAACCAAUUGAUCAUCUGUCGAUCUUUCCAAGGUGCUGGAGGGGCAGGGGUUUACUCGCUGACAAUACUGUGCAUCUAUGGUAAGUAG